AUGUAUUUAAGCCCCUCUCCAGCGUACAUUAAUCUCAGGAUCAAAGCCGCUUUUCCAUCGCACAACCAGCACGACCAUACAGGCUUAUCUGGUCGCACUUACACUAUUGAACAGGUUUUGCAGGAGGAAGUUUCUCCACCGCGUCACGUCUAUCGUGCCUCGGCGGAUGGUCACGAGUUUACAUUAAAGUACAUCCAUCCUGUCAACUUUAAAGAUCUUCAAGACAUCAAUAAUUGCCUGCGUGGCAAUGCAAGCCACGUCCGUCUUGCUGUGGAUACUAUCCCUGACAAGUCUAUGUUUAAGGACUUGCCCCUUAUGGUGAUCAAGAACAUCCUCAAGAAUGCCCUUACUGGGCUUGCCGAGCUUCAUGAUCGGGAUAUCGUGCAUACUGAUAUAAAAGCAGACAAUAUUUUCAUCAAUUGGCAGAAUCACAAUGAUGGGAUUAUUAUUGACCAAGUUCAACUUGGAGAUCUGGAAGAUGCAGCUCAGAUUCCUCCAGGGUGCGACAUGGUCGGGAAACAGGCAGGUAACUGGAUGUGGAGGAAGGACCUGUCUGUUAACAAACCUUCUGAUAUUUUCUCGUUUGCUCUUGUUUGCAUCUGCGCUGUCCAUAAGCGCAUUAUUUUCGCAGUUCGAGCAGAAGAGUUGGAAGAGGGUGUUGAUCCCCUUGCUGUCGUGAUUGAACGGCAGAUCUCUUGCUUUGCAGAUGAACACGGGCUCAAUGGGUUCUUGAAACAUCUUGGUGACAAUCCCUGGGUUCGCGUUUUCGAAGUGACUCGGGACGGAUUCAACCAGGAGACCCCGCGUGAACCAUUUGCCUUCUGGAAUGGUAUUGACGAUGACUUUAAAAGCCUUGUAUGUGCCAUGACACGUUUUGAUCCUGGGGAGAGGAUCACGGCGCGCCAGGCGUUGGAGCAUAGAUGGUUUGAGGGCGUUUGA